AUGCUCAAUAUUAAGUGGCCGGUUUUGUGUUUUGACGGCAUGGAACCUAGUUCUGUGACGUCGGAGCACUCGGCCAUGUCCAAUGUGGCAUCCCUCUUGGCGUGCAGGCUCUACCAUGUUGGAGGCAGUGUGGCAGUGCCACAGAAGUGUCGUUCGGCAUAUUUAGUGGAGCGAUGCAUGUGUGUGAUGCAGUCUGGGACUCAGAUGGUGAAGCUGAAGAACGGUUCUAAAGGUCUCGUCCGUCUCUUCUAUCUGGAUGAACACCGCUCCUGCAUCCGCUGGAGACCAUCACGCAAGAGCGAGAAAGCCAAGAUCACCAUUGAUUCUCUGUACAAGGUCACAGAAGGUCGUCAAUCUGACAUAUUCCAUCGCCAUGCAGAGGGGACCUUUGAUCCAAACUGUUGUUUCACUAUAUAUCACGGCAACCACAUGGAAUCUCUGGACUUGGUUACAUCUAAUGCAGAGGAAGCGCGGACAUGGGUGACGGGACUCAGCUAUCUCAUGGCUGGUAUCAGUGAUGAAGAUUCACUAGCAAAGAGACAGCGCACACAUGACCAGUGGAUGAAGCAGACCUUCGAGGAGGCUGAUAAGAAUGGUGAUGGUUUUCUGAACAUUGAGGAGAUCUACCAGCUUUUACACAAGAUGAACGUCAACUUGCCUCGCAGAAAAGUCAAACAGAUGUUUCAGGAAGCAGAUACCGAUGACCAGCAGGGCACAUUGACAUUUGAGGAGUUCACCGUCUUCUAUAAGAUGAUGUCACUAAGACGAGAUCUCUUCCUGUUGCUCAUGUGCUUUAGUGAGAAGAAGGAUCACCUGACUGCAGAGGAACUUGGCAACUUUCUGCGUAUUGAGCAAAAGAUGUCCAAUGUGACCCUAGAUUACUGUCUGGACAUAAUCAACAAGUUUGAAGUCUCUGAGGAGAACAAGCAGAAAGGUGUUCUUGGAAUUGAUGGCUUCACCAACUACAUGCGCAGCCCUGUCUGUGAUGUAUUCAACCCUCAACACAAUGAGGUUAAUCAGGACAUGGAUCAGCCUCUGUGUAACUAUUUCAUAGCAUCUUCCCACAACACCUAUCUGACCGGUGAUCAGCUGCUGUCCCACUCCAAGACGGACAUGUAUGCCUGGGUGCUGCAGGCCGGCUGCCGCUGUGUGGAGGUGGACUGUUGGGAUGGUCCAGACGGUGAGCCCAUGGUCCAGCACGGCUACACUCUCACCUCUAAGAUCACCUUUAAAUCUGUCAUUGAGACCAUCAACAAAUAUGCCUUUGUAAACAAUGAGUUCCCAGUGAUCCUGUCCAUAGAGAAUCACUGCAGCAUUCAGCAGCAGAAGAAGAUAGCACAGCAUCUGAAAGAGAUCUUCGGGGACAAGCUGGAUGUGGUGGAGGCCCUGAACAAAGACCCCAAGCAGCUUCCCAGCCCGAACAGCCUUAAGGGCAAGAUACUCAUAAAGGGAAAGCGGCUUCCUUCGUACCUUUCUGCAGAUGCUGAAGAGGGUGAGGUGUCUGAUGAUGACAGUGCUGAUGAGAUUGAAGAUGACUUCAAGCUGAAAAAUAGCAUGUCCAAUGGGACGAGUCAGAACCAGGUGGAAUCCCACAUAAGGAAGAAACUCGACUCUCUGAUGAAGGAGUCUCAGAUUGGGGACAAAGAGGACACUGACAGCUUCUCCAUCAGAGCACUUCUCCGCGCAACCCAUGAGGGCUUGCAAAGAAACCUGCGCAAGAAUUCCAAAGAUGGCAUGAAGAAAUCUCAGAGUCGGUCCUUCAUCAGCAACCUCAAGCACAAGAGGCAUUCCAAAUCAAGGCUGAAUUGUCAGAGUGUUGAAACAGAUGAUGACGGGCAGCAGGAGACAUCAGGAGGACAGUUCAACAGAGGUGGUCAAAGGAGGAAAACAAUAAAGCUGAGUAGAGAUCUAUCAGAACUUGUGGUCUUCACAAACUCUGAUGCCUCUCAGGAGUGUUUAGAUGAGGGAUCACCCUGUAAUGUCCUGUCGUUUAGCGAGACACGAGCUCAGCACCUGGUUCACCAUCGAGCCGAACGCUUCCUGAAUUUCAACCAGAGGCAACUCUCUCGGAUCUAUCCCUCCGCCUACCGGAUUGACUCCAGCAACUUCAACCCACAGACAUACUGGAAUGUGGGCUGCCAGCUAGUGGCUCUGAACUACCAGACGGAGGGCCGUAUGAUGCAGUUGAACAGAGCCAAGUUCAUGGUGAAUGGUGGCAGUGGCUAUGUGCUCAAACCUGGCCCGAUGUGUAAAGGCUCCUUCAAUCCACUGCAUGAUGAUCCGCUCCCUGCAAAUCCUAAGAAACAGCUGGUGAUAAAAAUCAUCAGUGGACAGCAGCUGCCUAAACCUCCCGAUUCAAUGCUGGGAGACCGCGGUGAGAUCAUUGAUCCCUUUGUGGAGGUGGAGAUCAUUGGUAUUCCAGUGGACUGCUAUAAAGAACAAACCAGGGUUGUGGAUGAUAAUGGAUUUAACCCUGUAUGGGAAGAAACCCUGUCCUUCACACUACAAAUGCCUGAGAUGGCUCUGGUGCGCUUCCUGGUCUGGGAUCAUGACCCCAUUGGACGAGAUUUUGUGGGCCAGAGAACUGUAGCUUUUAGCAGUCUCAUGACAGGAUAUAGACACGUUUAUUUGGAGGGAAUGACAGAAGCAUCCAUUUUUGUCCAUAUCACAGUGCAUGAAAUCUAUGGAAAGUGGAGUCCUUUAGUCCUCAACCCAAGCUAUACCAUAAUGCACUUGCUAGGAUCUAAUAAGGGUCGUCAGUUGCGGGGUUUGAAAGGCUUAUUUAAUAAAAGUUCCAAGUCCUCAGUGGAUACGCAUAUCAGAGUUACACCCCGGAAACGAUCCAUAACUGACCACCUUCUCCGGAGGACCGCUAGUGCCCCUGCCAAAGGCCGCAAAAAGACCAAGAUGCCAUUGGCUGAAGCUGUAUACGACAGAAAGCACAGCACUGGGGACUCUCAUCCUACAUAUUUAGAGAGUAGAGCGGGGAUCAGAAAAUCUCUCCAACACCGCCCAGCCUCCAUGCCCUUGGAGAAACUCCUACAUAGUCACCUCAUCCUGCCCUCCCCAGAGAAGGAGGGGCAUGAUCCUGGGGCUGACACAAUCAUUGAUUCAUUCAACCACGAGAAGCCCAGAUCCAUCUCAAUGGAUAUUCUCAUUGAAACUUCUGCCUUUAAAGAUCCUGAUGCUCGUGCCCUUUCUGCUGACCACAUUUGGGACUGUAACACUGAGCCCAAAAAUACAAAAGAGACUCCUUACCUGGUCAUUGAGGGCAGUAGGGAACAUGUGGGUGAUCUUAACAAACAACACUCAAGAGAUGGUCCCACUGAUAAAUUAUGCUCUUCCAAAGGGCCAGCUGACCACAGAUCAGAUCCCUCAGAACGAUGUGAUUGUGGUGUUAGCUUGCGGACUGAAGGAAGUCAAAGAGCAUCAAUCCAAUAUGAAUCUCUUAGAAAGAAUAUGUUAAAACCCAAGGCAGCCAUGUAUUCUUCCUCAUCCUCUUCUUCCACUUCUUCAAGCAGCUGUACCAAGUCUCCCCCUCUGACUGGAAUUAUCCAACCUGACCAAAUGAGUCAAGUGUCCCUCCAAGACAGUGCUCUCUCUCGCCUUAUUGAUGCUGUCUCACUGGGAAAUGAGUAUGACACUUGUGGGUCAAUAUCUGCUAUGAUUGGCCAGUUUGAAGAUACUGCUGAGCAGAGCACCCUUAAUCUAUUUUCAAACUUACAACAUCUGAAACGUCCUCUUUUCAUCAAUGAGCUUUCUAGUACUCCAUUAAAAGUCAUACAAGAAUCUGCCUGCACAGCCUCACAAUUAGCUGACAGACCCUGUAGUCCUGAAACCACUGAACCUGAGGUCUUUACCAUCCUGGAUGAGGAAGUGCUUUCUCCUGUGUCUACACACAGCUGUUGUUCAAAGAACUUCCAAGAUGACUUAAUUGGCCCUCCAGUGGUCAGCAAGGGAUCCUCCCCCAUCAAGGAGCCUUUAGAAUGGUCUACAGGACGAAAUGCGAGCUUGGUGUUAAACAGAAAGCAAGGCUAUAGUAGCCAGUGCCAUUCCACUGGCUCCUUAAGGGACUUUGAAUCUGGAGGUUACAGAGAAACCUCAGUCAACAGCACAGUCUCUGACCGCUUCUUGCUGUGCCAGGACUCAGCAAGCAGCAGCUUGAUGGAGGUGGAGAUCAAUGUGGAUGGGGAUCCCUUAGACAACACACUGACCUCUUUGAGUCAGGGCCAUCAAUGGUGCAAUGAUUUCAGAAAUGUUCAAGGCUCAAACCAGAGCUCUCCAUAUCGUGAACUAAGACUGGAACCAUCCUCUCUCCACAAACCCUCAUACCAUCCUUCUCCUGUUCAUUCUUACUUCACAGACACAUCACCCUUUCACAGACACUACCAAUCUCCGUCAGCACACCAAAGUCCAAUUUAUACUACUAUCAGUCAAAGCAGCCAUCCUAUUAGCAAAUCCCAAUCAAGGAACUAUAACUGUUAUAAUGAUAUAGGUCAAUUUCCAAGUGGUUUUAAUAGGAUAGAUAACACAGAGGAAAGGGAUCAGGAGACAAGAGACAACAAUGGCCUGAUUCGCAGGGCAGAAAGCUUGCAAAAUAGCUCUUUGUCCUCAGAAUGUCUUGCAAGGACUCAAGCAAAACAUACAUCAUUAGACUGGGACUUGUUUACUCCUAUAUCAGACUAUGACACGAUUUACAGCUCUGUUCAAUUGGAAGACUGCACAGCCCCUCCAAACCUAUAUUCCCAGCCAUCUCCACACAAUCAGGACUUUCCUAUACCUCCUCAAAUCCUCAAUGGGCUGUCCCCAGUCUCCUCUUCAAAAGUCUCCAAUCACUUAAAGUCCAAAAGCCUAGGAGACCUGACCUCUGAGGACAUAUCAUGUAACUUUCAGAGCAAGUACAAGUCCAUCAGCCGAAGUUUUGUCACUCCCCCAAUGCGAGACCAAAGAAGGACGUGUGGCUUGGCCGGUCAACCAAAGUCUGCUGAUCCCUUAACUGAGCAGCUUCGAAAGCUUGUGACCUUGGAACAUGAGGAAUAUCCAUGUUCCUUCCCUUCUUGUUCCCAGCCCACCCCUAAACUUCUUCCAGUGUUCCCUCUUGUUUCUCAGAGUUUUACAGAUGACCCUGAGGACUCUCCGCCAUUCCUGUCAAGGCGACUUUCCUCCCGCAGUCAAAGUCGUGUGCGUCAUAUUGCCAAUCGGGCACGUGAGAGACAGCAGGAGGCCUUCAAACACCGGCCCAUUGAAGGAUCUACGGAUGUAGUGCUGCGCAAUAAGCUGGUCUCUUAUCAAAAUACUCCACCAAACAGGCAUUCUACAGGCUCUUAUAUCAUUGGUUAUCUUGAGGACCGAGGCUUGCCUGAAGGAGCCUGCACUACAAUGCGCAAUGGAUAUGGAGAUCGUUACUAUGCGGAUGAUUCUGUGCUCCAUCCUGACAUCUCCAGCCUGUCAGAACCAGAGGUCUACUUCCUACUUAGGCUUUGACAGUGCAUCUCUCCCACUGUUUUUGACUGUGCAUUUCCCUGUAACAGUAUAAACAAUAUGUAGCAGGACACUUCUAGAACUGUGUGUAUAUACUGUAUAUCACGGUAGGUGGUUUUCCGCUCCUACACGUGCUAUAUCUGCUGGAUCAAAUUGAUUAUUGUCUGUAUAUGUUGUCCCUGUCAUGCUUGGAAUAAUCUAUUGUUCAAAGUAGGUGUUGUCUUAUGGUGAAAAAGAAAUAUGAAAAAAAAGAAAAUUAAGCAAUUAGAAUGGAUAUUUCUUGGACACAUUUCUGUUAUCUGCUAUAUGUCCUUUUUUGUAGUACAACAAAGUCAUGAAGGGGCUUCUCUUCUUAUUCAGUCUUCCUGCAUAUCAUAUGUUAUUUGUAUGUCUCUGUAGUUUGUACAUAAAAUGGGCUCUAUUUUCGUGACCACACAAGGCACAGCGCUAUGCACAGCAACACAGAACAUUUUCAGUGCAGGAAAGUUUUCGUGCCAUUUCAAAGCGCAAGUGGAUGUGGUUAAAACUGCUUGUGUAUUUGCGCAAACUGUGGAUAGGAUUGCAUGUUAAUGCAGUAGUGCAAUGCGCAAUUUGAUAUUUUCCUGAGAAAUAGGUCAUUGCGAAAAGACAUCUGAGAACCACAUCUAUUCUCGGCGCAAAGUCUAAACUCAGUUCCUGCAUUUACUGUGUGAAUAAAGUAAUACAUGUCCAAACUCUGAAAAUACAUUGGAACAUCAAAUUAUGUCCCUGGAAAUCACUGUUAAUACUAUCCAUGAUUUGUGUGUCAGUAGAUCAAUAUAAUUAAUUAUACUUUCAUUCUCUGUAUGGAGCCUACAUCCAAUUAGUCUUGACAAGCACCGCAUUUUCUUGCGUUUAUAGCUUUUAUAACAGAAACUUGUCACUGUCCUAGAGAUAUGCCUGGCAUUCAACAAAGAUUUAAUGAAUAAAAGGAUGGAAGUCCAUAGUUCUGUUCUUCUAAUGCAGCGGUCGGGAACCUUUUUUCACUAAGGAUCCAAUAUUUACAUUUUUGGUUGAUGCAUUUUUUUCGAAAGAGCCAUAGCACAAAUGAAUAAUUUCUAUUUUCAAAAACAAAAUUUUUCAAUAAAAUAAAAUUUUUAUGUUGCCCAUAGACUACUCAAAAACAUACAAAUAUGCUAAAUUAAUAGGUAACAUGUUGCAGUAUGGAAUUUAGUACACGUGUUCGUGCGGGUCCCCAUAACAUUUUACUUUCCAACAAACACAUUAGAUAAGAACACACAUUUGGCAGCAUUUUUUUG